AUGGUCGUGGACGUGGACGUGGACGUGGACGUGGACGUGGACCUCGACCUGGACGUGGACCUGGACUUUGACGUGGACGUGGACGUGGACGUGGACCUGGACCUGGACUUGGACUUGGACGUGGUCGUGGACGUGGACGUGGACGUGGACGUGGUCGUGGACGUUGACUUGGACGUGGUCGUGGACGUGGACGUGGACGUUUACGUGGACUUGGACGUGGACGUGGACGUGGACGUGGUCGUGGACGUGGAUGUGGUCGAGGACGUGGACGUGGACGUGGACCUGGUCGUGGACGUGGAGGACGUGGACGUGAACGUGGAGGACGUGGACGUGGACGUGGUCGACGUGGUCGUGGAUGUGGACGUGGACGUGGACCUGGACUUGGACGUGGUCGUGGACGUGGACGUGGACUUGGACGUGGACGUGGACUUGGACGUGGACGUGGACGUGGACGUGGAUGUGGACGUGGACCUGGACGUCGACGUGGACGUGGACUUGGACGUGGACGUGGACUUGGACGUGGACGUGGAUGUGGACGUGGACGUGGACGUGGUCGUGGAUGUGGACGUGGUCGUGGACGCGGACGUGGACGUGGUCGUGGACGCGGACGUGGUCGUGGACGCGGUCCUGGACGUGGACGUGGUCGUGGACGUGGACGCGGACGUGGGGGACGUGGACGCGGACGUGGUCGUGGACGUAGACGUGGACGCGGUCGUGGACGCAGACGUGGACGCGGUUGUGGACGCAGACGUGGAUGCGGUCGUGGACGUGGACGUGGAUGCGGACGUGGAUGUGGACGUGGACGCGGACGUGGAUGUGGACGUGGACGCGGACGUGGUCCUGGACGUGGACGUGGACGUGGUCCUGGACGUGGACGUGGACGUGGACGUGGUCGUGGACGUGGACGUGGACGUGGUCGUGGAAGUGGACGUGGACGUGGACAUGGUCGUGGACGUGGACGUGGACGUGGACCUGGUCGUGGACGUGGACGUGGACGUGGUCGUGGAGGUGGACGUGGUCGUGGACGUGGACGUGGUCGUGGACGUGGUCGUGGACGUGGACGGGGACAUGGACCCGGACCUGGACUUGGACGUGGACGUGGACGUGUAUUGGACACGUGGACGUGGACGUGGACGUGGACGCGGACCUGGACGUGGACGUGGACCUGGACGUGGACGUGGACGUGGUCAUGUGGACGCGGUCGUGGACGCGGACGUGGACGUGGACGCGGACUCGGACGCGGAUGUGGACGCGGACGUGGACGCGGACGUGGACGUGGACGUGGACGUGGACCUGGACGUGGACCUGGACGUGGACGUGGUCGUGGACGUGGACGUGGACGUGGACGUGGACGUGGUCGUGGACGUGGACGUGGACGUGGUCGUGGACGGGGACGUGGACGUGGUCUUGGACGCGGACGUGGACGUGGUCGUGGAUGCGGACGUGGACGUGGACGUGGACGCGGACGUGGUCGUAGACGUGGACGUGGACGUGGUCCUGGACGUGGACGUAGACGUGGACGUGGUCGUGGACGUGGACGUGGACGUGGUCGUGGACGUGGACGUGGACGUGGACGUGGACCUGGACGUGGACGUGGACGUGGACGUGGACCUGGACGUGGACGUGGACGUGGACGUGGACCUGGACGUGGACCUUGACGUGGACGUGGUCGUGGACGUGGACGUGGACGUGGACGUGGACGUGGUCGUGGACGUGGACGUGGACGUGGUCGUGGACGGGGACGUGGACGUGGUCUUGGACGCGGACGUGGACGUGGUCGUGGAUGCGGACGUGGACGUGGACGUGGACGCGGACGUGGUCGUGGACGUGGACGUGGACGUGGUCCUGGACGUGGACGUGGACGUGGACGUGGUCGUGGACGUGGACGUGGACGUGGUCGUGGACGUGGACGUGGACGUGGACCUGGUCGUGGACGUGGACGUGGACGUGGACCUGGUCGUGGACGUGGACAUGGACGUGGUCGUGGAGGUGGACGUGGUCGUGGACGUGGACGUGGUCGUGGACGUGGUCGUGGACGUGGACGGGGACGUGGACCCGGACCUGGACUUGGACGUGGACGGGGACGUGGAUUGGACACGUGACGCGGACGUGGGGGACGUGGACGCGGACGCGGUCGUGGACGUAGACGUGGACGCGGUCGUGGACGCGGACGUGGACAUGGACGCGGACUCGGACGCGGAUGUGGACGCGGACGUGGACGCGGACGUGGACGUGGACGUGGACGUGGACGUGGACGUGGACGUGGACUUUGACGUGGACGUGGACGGGGACGUGGACGUGGUCGUGGACGGGGACGUGGACGUGGUCGUGGACGCGGACGUGGACGUGGUCGUGGACCCGGACGGGGACGUGGACGUGGACGCGGACGUGGACGUGGUCGUGGACGCGGACGUGGACGUGGACGUGGACGUGGACGCGGACGUGGACGUGGACGCGGACGUGGGGGACGUGGACGCGGACGUGGUCGUGGACGUGGACGUGGACGCGUUCGUGGACGCGGUCGUGGACGCGGACGUGGACGUGGACGUGGACGCGGACGCGGACGUGGACGUGGACGCGGACGUGGGGGACGUGGACGCGGACGUGGUCGUGGACGUAGACGUGGACGCGUUCGUGGACGCGGACGUGGACGUGGACGUGGACGUGGACGAGGACGCGGACGCGGACGUGGACGUGGACGCGGACAUGGACGUGGACGUGGUUGUGGUCAUGGAUGUGGACGUGGACAUGGACGUGGACGAGGACGUGGACGUGGUCGUGGACGUGGACGUGGACGUGGACCUGGACGUGGACGUGGACCUGGACCUGGACCUGGACGUGGACCUGGACAUGGACAUGGUCGUGGAUGUGGAGGACGUGGACGUGGACGUGGAGGACGUGGACGUGGACGUGGUCGUGGACCUGGACGUGGACGUGGAUGUGGUUGUGGACGUGGACGUGGACGUGGACAUGGUCGUGGACGUGGACGUGGACGUCGACGUGGACGUGGACGUGGACUUGGACGUGGACGUGGACGUGGACUUGGACGUGGUCGUGGACGUGGACGUGGACGUGGUCGUGGACGCGGACGUGGACGUGGUCGGGGACGCGGACGUGGACGCGGACGUGGACGCGGACGUGGACGCGGACGUGGACGCGGACGUGGACGCGGACGUGGACGUGGACGCGGACGUGGACGCGGACGAAGACGUGGACGCGGACGUAGACGUGGACGUGGACACGGACGUCGUCGUGGACGUAGACGUGGACGCGGUCGUGGACGCGGACGUGGAUGGGGACGUGGACGUGGACCGGGACGUGGACGUGGCAUGGACGCGGACGCGGACGUGGACGCAGUCGUGGACGUGGAUGGACGUGGACGUGGAUGGGGACGUGGACGCGGACGUGGACGUGGUCGUGGUCGUGGACGUGGACGUGGACGUGGUCGUGGACGUGGACGCGGACGUGGUCGCAGACGUGGACGUGGACGCGGACGUGGACGCGGACGUGGACGUCGACGCGGACGUGGACGUGGACAGUGACGUGGACGUGGACGUGGACGUGGACGUGGACGUGGACGUGGUCGUGGACGUGGUCAUGAACGUGGACCUUGACGUGGACGAGGAUGUGGACGUGGACGUGGACGUGGUCGUGGACGUGGACUUGGACGUGGACGUGGACGUGGUCGUGGACGUGGACGUGGACGUUGGCGUGGACGUGGACGUGGACGUGGACAUGGACGUGGUCGUGGACGUGGACGUGGACGUGGACGUGGUCGUGGGCGUGGACGUGGACGUGGACCUGGACGUGGACCUGGACCUGGACGUGGAUGUAGACUUGGACGUGGACGUGGACAUGGACGUGGACGUGGUCGUGGACAUGGUCGUGGACGUAGACGUGGACGUGGUCGUGGACGUGGACGUGGACCUGGACGUGGACGUGGACCUGGACUUUGACGUGGACGUGGACGUGGACGUGGACCUGGACCUGGACUUGGACUUGGACGUGGUCGUGGACGUGGACGUAGACGUGGACGUGGUCGUGGACGUGGACUUGGACGUGGUCGUCGACGUGGACGUGGACGUGUACGUGGACUUGGACGUAGACAUGGACGUGGACGUGGUCGUGGACGUGGACGUGGUCGAGGACGUCGACGUGGACGUGGACCUGGUCGUGGACGUGGAGGACGUGGACGUGGACGUGGAGGACGUGGACGUGGACGUGGACGUGGUCGUGGACGUGGAGGACGUGGGCGUGGACGUGGAGGACGUGGACGUGGACGUGGACCUGGACGUGGACGUGGACGUGGUCGUGGACGUGGACGUGGACCUGGACCUGGACUUAAACGUGGACGUGGACGUGGACGUCGACUUGGACGUGGACGUGGACUUAGACGUGGACGUGGACAUGGUCGUGGACGUGGACGUGGACGUGGAAGUGGACUUGGACAUGGAUGUGGACUUGGACGUGGUCGCGGACGUGGACGUGGACGUGAACGCGGUCGUGGACGCGGACGCGGAUGUGGACGCGGAUGCGGACGCGGACGCGGACGCGGACGCGGGCGCGGACGUGGACGCGGACGUGGACGCGGACGUGGACGCGGACGUGGACGCGGACGCAGACGCGGACGCGGACGUGGACGCGGACGUGGAAGCGGACAUGGACGUGGACGUGGACGCGGACGUGGACGUGGACGUGGACGUGGUCGUGGACGUGGACCUGGACGUGGACGUGGACGUGGUCGUGGACGUGGACCUGGACGUGGUCGUGGACGUGGACGUGGACGUGGACGUGGACGUGGACGUGGACGUGGACGUGGACGUGGACGUGGACGUGGACGUGGACGUGGACGUGGACCUGGACGUGGACGUGGACGUGGACGUGGACCUGGACGUGGACCUGGACGUGGACGUGGACGUGGACCUGGACGUGGACCUGGACGUGGACGUGGAACUGGACGUGGUCGUGGACGUGGAGGACGUGGACGUGGACGUGGAGGACGUGGACGUGGACGUGGACGUGGACCUGGACGUGGACGUGGACGUGGUCGUGGACGUGGACGUGGACGUGGACGUGGACUCGGACGUGGACGUGGACUUGGACGUGGACGUGGACGUGGACGUGGUCGUGGACGCGGACGUGGACGUGGUCGUGGACGCGGACGUGGACGUGGUCGUGGACGCGGACGUGGACGCGGACGUGGACGCGGACGUGGACGCGGACGCGGACGUGGUCGUCGGGGACGUGGACGCGGACGCGGUCGUGGACGCGGACGUGGACGCGGUCGUGGACGUGGACGGGGACGUGGACGCGGACGUGGACGUGGACGCGGACGUGGACGCGGACGUGGACGCGGACGUGGACGUGGACGUGGUCGUGGACGUGGACGUGGACGUGGACGUUGACGUGGUCGUGGACUUGGACGUGGUCGUGGACGUAGACGUGGACCUGGACGUGGACGUGGACGUGGACGUGGACCUGGACUUGGACUUGGACAUGGACGUGGACGUGGUCGUGGACGUGGACGUGGACGUGGACGUGGUCGUGGACGUGGACGUGGACGUGGUCAUGGACGUGGACGUGGUCGUGGACGUGGACGUGGUCGUGGACGUGGUCGUGGACGUGGACGAGGACGUGGACCUGGACCUGGACUUGGACGUGGACGUGGACGUGGAUUGGACGUGA